CAGAACCUGACACGUCUCCCCUCGUCAAUCGCUCGUUUUGUACGUACCAAAACGUUCUGAUUUCAGAGCGUUGAUUUUUCAUCGAGAGUUUGUACUUUUGGUUACCAAAGGCCAAAGCUGACGAGCCGGGCCGUGCAAGCGGCGUAGGUGCAAUGAUUGCAUGGUUCGCGUCCAAUGUGGAUUUAUUGUUGAUCUUACCCGGUGUUAAGUGCAAUUAGAAGAGUCGAGUACAUUGGUACACAAAGUAAAUAAUAAAAAUCCGACUAAACCGCUCUCGAGGCCCUGUGCUCCGUAACGAAACAACCAUGAACGCAGCUACCACCUUUAGAUUGCUGCUAGUGACGUUGUUGGUGCUAAUUGUUCCGUCUCGAUCGGCCGAAAUCAGUGCAUCGACAACGAAACUAAUCGACGAGGAAGCUUGUUCGCAGCUGAAGUCACUCUGUCCGAAGAUCACCCCCGCUGCAGAGGACUUGAAGGCGCUGGAAUGUGUACAGUCGUUGCUUCCGGAGCAGAUCGACACCCUCGGCCCGGAGUGUCAGCAUCUGAUUUGGUUGCACACGUCCGCACUGAUGGACGACGGCAACCUGAGACGCAUGAUACAGAAGGGUUGCCCGAAGGAUUUUCAACAGUUUCCAUGCUCGGCCAGCGAAGAACCGGGCCAGUAUCUUACGUGCAUAAUCAACCACCGGAGUGUUGCUAAGGGCAACGGAUGCAUUGGCUACAUUCAACGGCUGGAAUGGGUGGCCUUCUCUGAUUAUCGCUUUAUCAAGCAAUUUCUCACACACUGUACUCGCGAUAUAGAAGCCCUCGGGUGUGGGCGCGUUGCCGCUAGUAACGGUCACGACAAGGUAUCACAGGGCGAAACCAUAGGCUGCCUGCAAAACUCCCUGGAUAGUCUUAAUCAGGAGUGCAAACGGGAGGUACUUCACCUAUCCGAGGUCCAGUCGGAAGACUUUAAACUCGAUCGCCAGCUGUACGUCGCGUGCACGAACGAUGCCUUCCGUUUCUGCCAGUCGAACGGGCCCGGUGGCCCACCGACGCUGCUAAAGUGCCUCAUGAAGCACCGCAACGACCCGGAAAUGUCGAAAAACUGCCAGCAACAGCUGCUCCGGCGGGACAAGCUGGUGGUGCACGAUUACAAAGUUUCCCGCGGGCUGACGAGGGCUUGCAAGGAGGACAUUAAGACGUACCGUUGCCGGCGCGGCGUGUCCGACGACAAGGACGUACGCUUAGCGCAGAUCCUGCUCUGUCUGGAGGCGGUCCAGAAGAACAGCACCAAGCUGAUGCCGGAGUGCGUGGCGGAGAUAAACGACCACCGCAAAAUGUUACUGACGGACUACAAACUGUCACCGGAAAUACUGACCGGAUGUGAGAAUGACAUCGAGAAGUUUUGCAGCAACCUGGACGCCGGGGGAAAAACGAUACACUGUUUGAUGGAGCACGCCCGGCUGAAGAAGAAAAAGGAACGUCGUGUGACGGACACCUGUUUGCGGGCGCUAGAAACGCUGGUCAAGGUGACGGACGUUGGCGAGGACUGGCGUGUCGAUCCCGUGCUGCGCAAAGCCUGCAAGCCCGUGGUGGACGUGGCCUGCUCCGAAGCGGAUGGGGGUGAUGCGAGGGUGAUGUCUUGCUUGAUGGAGAAACUCGGUACCAACUACAUGAACGUGGAGUGUGAAUCGGCACUGCUACAGAUCCAGUACUUUGUGGCAAGAGAUUUCAAGCUGGAUCCACAGCUUUACCGAAACUGCAAAGAUGACGCCAUACGAUUCUGCAAGGCAAAGAAAACUUGGGCCGACCUGGACACGGCCCAAAUGGACCCCGAGCGCGGCCCGCUCAUACUGCCCUGCCUGCAUCGGUACGCUUAUCCCGAGAAGGAGGAACUGCGCCUUAACCCCGAAUGUCUGCAGGAGGUGAAGCGCGUCAUGCGGCAGCGUGCCAAAUCGGUCGAUCUCAUUCCGGAGGUGGAAGACCAGUGCCUGGACGAUCUGGCCUACUUUUGCUUCGACAAGACGGGCAAAGGAGAGGAGAUGCAAUGCCUGCAGGACAAUCUGGAGAAGCUGCAGGAGAACUGCAAGACGGCCGUUGCCCAGUACACCGAGGAGGAGGCGGCCCACGUUGAGCUGAACCCGAUCAUAAUGUCCGUAUGCGGUGCGGCAAUGGAGAAACACUGUGCGAACAUUCUCAAAACCGGUCGCGACGAGGGCGACAUGAUGGAGUGCUUGAUUGGCGCGAAAAACGACCCGGACAUGCGCGAAGACGUCAAGUGUAGGGCGGCGAUCGAACACUUUCAGAUUAUCUCGCUGAAAAGCUUCCACUUUACGUACAAGUUCAAGGAAGCGUGCCGGUUGCAUGUGGCGCGAUUCUGCAGCAAGUGCACGACCAAGUACGAGGUGGUCACCUGUCUGAGCGAGGUGAUGCGCAACGACACGAUCAAGGAAGCGAAGCAUUCGAUCCCGAAAGAGUGCCGCCAGCAGGUUCGUGCCCAGCUUUACCAGCAACGGGAGAACAUCGACUUCGAUCCGAAGCUGAAGGCGGCCUGCCGAGAGGACAUUGCGCGACAUUGUCCGCAGAUACCGCACGGAUCCGGGCAGGUGAAUAAAAACAAUGUAUUGGAAUGCUUGCAAACACACAACGGCGAUCUAACGGAGGACUGCCGCCACCAGCUUUUUUCGGUCAAAAAGUCCGAACUGACGGACAGCGCCACGGACUACACCUUAUUGAACACGUGCAAAGAAAUGAUAACUCAGUACUGCCACGAUGCGGAACCGUCCCGGAUGCUGCACUGCCUGAAGCUGCACAAAGACGAAUCACUGUUCGACGACCGAUGCCAUCUGGUGGUGGUGAACCGGAUGAUCGAACAGAAUUUGGACUAUCGCUUCAAUCCGACGUUGCAGAUGGCCUGCUCGAAAAACAUCGCCGAAUACUGCACGCCCAUCAUUCGCAGCGCUAAGCAAAACGAGGAGCUGAACGGGAAGGUAAUCGAUUGUCUUAAGAUUCGUUUCCGCGAGGGUAAGCUCCUACCGGAGUGCGAAAAGCAGAUGACGGAGGUGUUGCACGAACGGGCGCUCAACUAUAAGCUGAACCCGCUGCUGCAGAGCGUGUGCCGCGACGAGAUCCAAGUGCUGUGCAGCGCGUCCACCGACACGGAUACGAACGAGGACCAUGGGGCGGUCGAGGAGUGCCUCAAGCAGGCGUUCCUCGAGAAGAAGCUUAUCAAUCGGGCCUGCAAGGUGGAGGUGGCCGAGUUGAUACAGGAAGGCAAGGCGGACAUCUACGCGGAUCCGUUGCUACAACGGGCCUGCUCGGUGGAUUUGCUAAAGUACUGUUCCCACAUUCAGAGCGGCAACGGGCGACUAUUGAAAUGUCUGGAAGAAAUUUUGCACGGUGAAAGUAAGGCACUGGAGGACGAUUGCAAAAAUAAAUUGCUCUCUCGCAUGGAAAUGUUCCGGAACGCAGCUGCCUUCGUUCCACCGGCCGAGAACUUUCAUCAGUUGUACGAUCAGGUCGUAGCGUCGCCUGCUAAGCACUACCUUCUUCUAGUUCUGUUCAGCUUCAUCGGGAUUAUCUUCAUCAUCGGACUGCUCUGUGGUCGCGUUACAAAUCGCACGAUGGCGUUGAAAAAUAAGUAGGCUAUGCUUCGGAUAUUUUUCACUGAAAUGCAUCGUGGAUUUUCGAUUCCAUUUCCAAUUCUAUUCGUGACUGUGUUAAAUAUAUUGCAUCCAGGCCAAAAGAUUGAGCGUGUGAAGAAAGUUGGCCUGCCGAUGGCCCGGGUAGAUGCAAUGCGAAAGUCCGGUUGAAGUAGUAAGUUGGUGGCCCUGCGGAAUGUCCGACGUGCAUAUAAUUGAAAAUGACCUCUUGUUUUAAAUUCAAUGUGCUUUUCCUCAUCAUGUUUCAAUCAAGAAAAACUUUUCUUUUAACAAAAGACGAACUAAAGCAGCGGGCAAUCAUUGAUGACAGCUAGUUGUAUUAUAUUAGUUAGCAUAUUUGUAGACCACCGGAUCGCCAGAAAAAAAUUUAAACUAACAUACGAAAACGUGCCCCGAUGCGAAACCUUCAAAAUGGUCUACCGUGAUGAAAAGAAAGGGAAGGAACAUAUUCAAUGGGAAGCUAGGCAAUAGGGAAGUCGCAUAAAUAGUACGUUGUAGAAAAGACUUUUUAUACAUUAGUGCGCAUUAGAGCCAGCCGAAGUAAGCAACGCCGUUACGGUGGAUGAUAGAAAAUUUAACUGCUGAUAUGAAUGUGUCGAGAGAACACACACGUUUGUACUUGCGAAUGGGCUCGAUUGUGUGUCAAUAAAAACAGACGUAUACAAAA